GAGUAUAGGUUGUAGAAACAAAACAAACCUGUUGUUUUCUUUUUUUAAUUAUCUUAAAUGCCUCUCAGACACAAUAAUACUUUAUCUCGUCUAAGCUCUUAAGAAUAUUGAUAAUACGUGUUUUACGUGACUUAAUUAUUUCUCAAACAAUAUGAGAAACUGUCGUUUCAUUAGUCAUGUUGAAUAUUUUUAAUUGCAAGUUAGUUGUAUUAUGUUUAAAAGAUGGUAAAGAUUCGGUGGACUGUGAUAAGGAAGCCAAGCUUUCAUUGGCUCAACUUCAAACAAUGUACAAUUGUAUUCAAAUCAUUGUUCUACAAUCAUUAUUUAAACUGGAGCUAUGUUUGCGACACGUUACUCGAGCCAAUUAUGUGGUUUGUAGAAAACUUUGUUGCCCUUUUGGGAAGAGUAUUUGUCGUGAUGGUCACACUUCUCACAGCACUAAUUGUUUACAUUGCGUACUAUGUGGGCUUUCCUUGGUGGUGGGAAAGGAGUCCAGCAUUUACCAUAUUUUUAGUAAUUUUUGGAAAUUGGAUAUUACUUAAUGUCUGCUUCCAUUAUUACAUGGGAGUCAAAGUACCAGCUGGUUAUCCACCUAAAGGUGGUUUCAUCCUAGAGGCUGUUAGUAUUUGUAAGAAAUGUAUUAAACCAAAGCCACCAAGGACUCAUCACUGUUCUGUUUGUAACAAGUGUAUUCUUAAAAUGGAUCAUCACUGCCCUUGGCUUAACAACUGCGUUGGUCAUUUCAAUCAUAGAUACUUUUUCCAAUACAUGGUGUUUACUGUGCUUGGAAUUAUAUUUAUUAUUGUAUUUGGAAUACAGCUGGCAUAUGAAGAAUUCUUUCUCUCACCAGAGCCAGAACUCGAAGGCCACCCAGUUCGUAUUAUAAACAAUUCAGAACUCGUACCUGUACCAGAAUCAUUUGAUCAUCUCAGUAUGGAAGAGAGGGAAGAGAUAGCCAGACAAGCUGCUAAUAGAAGAGAAAACGAAUACAAGAGAAAAUUAAUACUUCUAGCAGCCUUCAUAGCUGUAGCCACACUAUUGUCACUUGGAGGUUUGACUGUGUGGCAUGCUAUUUUGAUUAAUCGAGGGGAGUCGAGCGUCGAAGGCCAUAUCAAUGCUUCCCUGGAAAAAAAAUUUAAAGCUCAAGGUAAAAAGUACAGAAACCCCUAUGAUUUUGGUUGGAGAGACAACUGGAGGCUUUUUCUAGGCUUGAAAGACAGAAACUGGUGGUACAUAUUAUUUCCGUCAACACAUAAACCUUAUGGCGAUGGAUUGCUCUGGAACACAGUUGACAAGAAUGAAUUAUAAUCAUAAUUUUUAAGUACAUAAUUUAAUGUUACAUUAAAGCUGAAUUGUGAUAUUACAUUAAAUAUGGAAUUUUAAUCGAGAUGAUUACUUGAGAAUGACGAAAAAAGUAAAUAUCUUGCGUGUAAAAUAAUAAUAAAAAAGUACAAAUCC